UCAUAUCCAAAUCACACAAUUCUUUCUUUCUUUUCCGUUUUGAUUUUGUCAAACCAUUUAUGCAAUGAAUCGUUUGACGAAAUGGUUGCAGAAAGAUCAAGAAGAGGCCGUCACGAGAAGCAGUCGACGAGCCUUGAUGAUGUCUGCCGCUGCCUUGCAAAUCCAAACUCUGGAAGAUGAGGAUUCACAAUGGGGUGGUUCUUCAGAAGGUCGUACCUAUAAGGCCAGGGAUCGAGAGCUGAUGGAUCUUCGACUCAAAGCUCAAUACUUCACUGAUCCGUGCAGAGAUGCUUGUGGGAGACUAAGCUUAUCCACUGAACAAAAGCUGACAUGCGCCAUGAGAAUGCUCGCGUAUGGCAUCACAGCUGAUUUCUGCGAUGAUUACCUAGAUAUUGCGAAGAGCACUGCCAUUGAGAUUUUGGAGCACUUCACAACAGCAAUCUGGAAUGUGUACCAUGAGACUUACCUCCGCCGACCAACACCAGCGGAUUUGAUCCGGAUGAUAUCCCAACUAGACCCAAGAAAGCAGAGAUAUAUGACAGACCAAUAAUUCCCACCGAUGUUCAUCGCAAUCCGCAUCAACUAAAUCAAUUCUU